GAUCUUUUGUUUUAUGGGGUUUUUUUUGGGUCUUUUGAGUCUCUUAGGUCUCUUGGGGUUUUCAUUUUUUUUUCCCUUUCUCUUGUUACCCGAUCCAAGGGAUUUUGUUUCAUAUUAGAAAGCUCUAAUAUAUAGAGUACGGCGGAAAGUCGAAUAGUUUCGCUUCCUUUAGGUUAGUCUUUUUGCCCGUCUUAUAUUAUCCCUUCAUCACAUCUCGUUAGUGUCACUCGGAACCGUCCAUGCGUUUUUCGUUUGUGGAGCGGAGUGGAUCCCCGGGUAACCUUAUCUGCAAAUCACCAUUCACAACCUUUAUUGACCGUGUACCUACAUACUAUAGAGGAGCUAUGUAGGUACAAUGUAGGCAGGAUGUCGGUACUCGACAAUACUAACUUAGAUUUCAUACUUUGUACCAGAGUUUGGAGGCAAAUUGCCGCAGCACAAGGUAUGCUUCUCAUGUUUCCAACUCUAUUAGGAAGGUAGGCUAAUUUGCGAUGAACCUCUUCCCGUAUUUUGCUACUGCAGCGCAGCAUAUCUAGAAUCCACGCUAGCUUUGUCCAAAGUUAGAAUGAAUCAUACCCCAGGCUUAUACCAGUCUCUUCUUUCAUGGCAAAGUACAGAAUUAUUCAAUCACUCUACGCUAGACGUCAAGCCCCAAAUGAAAUGUAGGGAAUGUCUGAUCUUUUUUGAGUUACACGGAGAGUUCGGUCUAUGCAAUACUAUACUAGAGCGAACCUUUGUCGACUUGCCGCCCCGGAAAAUAAUGGGUGCUUCGGAAGCUUUCUUUUUUGUCUAUAUAGUAUCACCACUUGCCCACAUCCAUAAUCGAUAUCUACAUACCAUUUCAUAGUCUUUCGUUCAACUUUGUCGCGACGGUCAUUUCAAAAUGACUUGGUUUGGUCUCUUCGCUGGCAUGAUGGCUGCUGGUGCCGGAAUGAUCAGUACUUUAUCUCAAACAGCAACUAAUGGAAAUUCUGUUUGGGGAACUUUUGAAGCUCCAACCUUUCCUCACUUUCUCACAGAUAACCCUCUCCCUAAUGGAUUUCCCUGGGGUUCAAUGACUGCAGGUGGAAAUGAUCCAUACACGUCAGCUCCUCAUACAGGAGUUGUUCGAUCCUACGAUUUUAAUGUCACAAGAGGCACAAUUGCCCCAGAUGGUUAUUCCAAAGAUGUUAUACUUGUCAAUGGGCAAUUUCCUGGACCUGCAAUUGAGGCAAAUUGGGGUGAUACUUUCGUGAUUAUAGUACACAAUCAGAUUACCGGACCCGAGGAGGGAACAGCUUUCCAUUGGCAUGGAUUAUUACAAAAGGGAACUCAAUAUAUGGAUGGUGUCCCUGCUGUAACACAAUGCCCUAUCGCUCCAGGGGCUUCUUUCACGUAUACUUUCAAAGCCGAUCUUUACGGAACUUCCUGGUAUCAUUCGCAUUACUCUGCUCAAUAUGCUGGUGGACUUGUGGGACCUAUGAUUAUCCAUGGCCCUCAGAACGCACCGUAUGACAUUGAUCUUGGACCAGUUUUUUUAACCGAUUAUUAUCACAAGGAUUAUUUUUCGAUAGUCAAAUCGGUUGUCGAGAGUAAUGGAGAUUCUAAACCAUCUUCAGACAACAAUCUCAUCAAUGGAAAAAUGAAUUUCGACUGUUCUACGAAAGCUGAAGGAGAUAACACCGCAUGUACUGACAACGCUGGUAUCUCACGUUUCAAGUUCACCACUGGAAAAACACACAGAUUGAGAUUAAUCAAUGCCGGUGCUGAGGGAAUGCAAAGAUUCAGUAUCGAUGGACAUAAAAUGGUUGUUAUUGCCAAUGACUUUGUGCCAGUUAAACCAUACACCACCAAUGUUGUCACCUUAGCAGUUGGUCAAAGAACCGAUGUUCUUGUCACUGCUAACGCCGAAUCAUCUGACUCGGCAUUCUGGAUGAGAUCAAACAUAUCCACAACGUGUUCUUUGACCAAGCAACCAAUUGCUCUUGCAGCAAUCUAUUACGAUGGCGCCGACACAGACUCGACUCCAGCAAGUACAGCGUGGGAUGUUCCAGAUCCAGGAACUUGCACAAACGAUGAGCUAGACGUCACCGAGCCCUAUUAUUCUCUUGCAGCAGAAACACCCUCCACAACCUCAAACCUGGACAUCAACUUCUACGUCAAUGAAACCGGAAGUUUCCUCUGGACACUCGGCGGAACAUCUUUCCGUGCAAACUAUAACAAUCCUAUCCUCAACCUCGCCAAUCAAGGCAAUUUCACCUACCCCGAUGAAUGGAACGUGCGCAAUUUUGGCAGCAACACUACCAUUCGUGUCAUAGUAAACAACCCUACUCCCGCAUCGCACCCCAUGCAUUUGCACGGACACAACAUGCAAAUCCUGCACGAAGGUGACGGAGACUGGGACGGUGUCACUAUUACCCGACAAUCGAAUCCUCAACGACGAGACGUGCAACUCGUGCGAGCAAAUGGUCACUUGGUAUGGCAAAUCACCACAGAUAACCCUGGGGUCUGGCCUUUCCAUUGUCACAUCGCGUGGCAUGUUAGCGGAGGCUUAUAUGCCAAUAUCUUAGAGCGACCAGACGAUAUCAAGAAUGAUGCCAUUCUCACUUCAGUGGAGCAGACUUGUACGCAAUGGGGUGCAUAUUCCAGUACAGCUGUUGUGGAUGAGAUUGAUUCGGGACUUUAAAUUUUUGUAAAUGGGGCUUGGUGUUUGGAGAACUUUUCUCAUAUCCUUGCAUAGUUGCCUUGGAAUGAAUGGGUGGUUGGAAAACCACUUGCUAUUUUUUUUAAUUGCUGGAACAUGAUUUUUGGGGGUUCGGGAAUGAGAUGUCAUGAUAGCAUGGAAAUAAAAGGCAUCUGGAUUCAAUAUCAGUGAUUGGGGUUCAAGUAUAUUUAUAAUGAUUCAUGAACAUAUUCUCUUCUAUGGAAUU